AUGAGUUCUGGUAGCAUUUGUUAUAAGUGCAAUCAACCUGGUCAUUUUGCUAGGGAGUGCUCACAGCCAGGAAGCGGUAGAGAUUCUGGAAGAGGCUCUUUCAGUAAAAGUUGUGACAAAUGUCACAAGUGCAACAAAAUGGGUCACUAUGCACGUGACUGUAAGCAGGAAGCUGCUCGUUGUUGUCGUUGCUAUGGGGAAGGACACUUUGCCAAGGAUUGUAUGCAAAGUCCAGAUAUGCCGUCCUGCUACAAUUGUAGAAAACCAGGACAUAUUACUCGCAGUUGUCCAGAAGCAGGUGGGGACAUGUCCUCUAAUGACACUUGCCACAACUGUCAAAGACCAGGACAUAUUUCGAGAAAUUGCCCUGAGAGCACAAAAAUAUGCUACUUGUGUCACAAACCAGGUCAUCUGAAAUGA